ACACACACACACACAGAGAGAGAGAGAGAGAGAGAGAGAGAGAGAGAGAGACACACACACACACACACACACACACACAUACACACACACACACUCAGUGACAGGACGGGAACUGGAGAGCAGAGGACCAUUUCACUGUCGCGGAGGAUACUGCUGCUGCUGGUCUGGAUUAUAGAAGUACUCCAGUGUGUAUUUAUUAUAGUAUAUUAUAGUUUAUUGUAGUAAUCAGUGUGUCUUAUUUGCUGUAAUGUUUCAGCUGCACCUGUAUCGGGGUUUUAAGUUUCAUUAAGCCUCAUUAGAGGACAGCUGGACGUGUUUUAGUGGCUCUGACUGUAAUCCUGCUGAGCGGAGCACCAUGAUCAGCUCGGAGGGCUUGAGGCCGUCCACGAACGGUAGGAAGCCGCUGGGGAAGCUCGCCUCCCGGGUGGAGGAGGUGAAGAACCCGUGGCGGCAGGUCUCCACGCUGGAGCUCAGCCACAACGAGGCGGCGCGUCUGGCCACGGACGCGCUGCUGGAGCACGGAGAGAAGGAGUACCGGCGGGUGCUGUCCGAGGAGCGGGAGCUGAACUUCCUCUCCCCGCUGGAGAUCAACUACAUCACCCAGCAUGCAGCCAAGACCUGCGGCCCUGAGAGUAACGGCACCGGCCCCAACGACCGGGACUUCGGGGACGGGGACGCCGUGUCCGAGCUCACCUCCGGGACUUACUUCCCGAUGAUGUCCGACGAGGAGCCGCCGAUGCUGGAGCUCGGCUGGCCGGACGCCCCGGUGAGAUACGGUCCGUCUGAGACUCAGAUCUACUUCCAGAGAGACAAGUCUCACAAUGUCAAAGACCUGAUCAGAUCUCUCAUCAACAAGGCCAAAAAGGUGAUCGCGCUGGUGAUGGACGUGUUUACGGACGUCGACCUGCUGUGUGACUUGAUGGAGGCGUCCAGCAAACGCAAAGUACCCGUCUACAUCCUGCUGGACGAGAAGAACCUCAGCUACUUCACAGAGAUGUGCUCCCUGCUCGAUAUUCACAACUCGCACCUGAGUAACAUGCGUAUUCGCAGCGUGUGCGGAGACACAUACUGCACCAAGAGCGGCAAGAAGUUCACCGGUCAAGUCCUGGAGAAGUUUAUGAUCAUCGACUGUGAAGAGGUCAUCGCCGGGUCGUACAGUUUCACCUGGCUGUCAGCUCAGGUCCACAGCAACAUGGUGAUGCAUUUCUCAGGUCGCAUCGCCGACAGCUUCGACCGGGAGUUCCGGUGUCUGUACGCUGACUCUGAGAUCAUCGACUGUUUCUACAACCCAGAGGAGGAGGGGAUGCCCUACUUCCCGUCGUACCAGGCCGUGAUGGGGCCCGGCAUGGGCAUGGGCAUGGGGCUGGAUUUAUUCUCUGACAGGCAAAGGGAAAAGGUGUGCUCUGAACACUCCAGCAGCUCCAGUGACAGUGUGUCCAGUGUGAAAGCUGCACCUGGGAUGACCUCCAACACGGUGUACAAGGUCAAUCAAGGUCACGACAUGAAUGAGUCCAACGGUAAUUCCCACCUCAGCCCUGACAGGAGAGGAGGAGAAAGAGGAGGACAAACCCAGACCCCUCAGGGUCAGGUCACUCCAACACCACGAGUCCCCUCCGGCAAAGGAUCCAAUCACAGUUCAGGUCCUGAGCGACCGUCACAGACCUACGGUCAACCGAUGGGCAUCGAGUGGAGCAAGCCCAACCCAGGUGACGUCAUUAGGUCCAAUCUAGGCGGCACCUCCUCCAAGUUCCAGGCGUUGGGGUUGUACGACCACAAACCGAGCAAGUUCAACAGCGCUGGACUCGCCUCCAGCACCCCCAGCCCAAACCCCAAGACCCCGACACCCUCACCGGCCAACGACAGCAAACUCACCCCCAGGCAGAGGACUUCCUCCAACCAGUUCCUCAACAAACUCCAGGAGCGCUUCUUGCCCUCCUCCAACAAAGACAAAGACAAAGAAACCUUCAACUUCCGGAGGCCACCCUCCCCUCACAGCUCCUCUCCCUGGGGGGGCCCAGACCUCUGUCCCACAGAGCCAGAGAGCCAGCAGAGCCCGCCACCACCAGUCUCCCCGCCCAUGCUCAUCAACCGACAUGACCAGAAGCGAAUGACGCUUGGUCACAGCAAGCUGGACCUGGUGAACCAAUACAACAAGAUGAAGUCCAGACAGGUGUACAGCCGCUUUGAGCUGAAGACCUCUAAUUAAGUGACGAGCUCAGACUGAUCUGUAAACUCUCUGCAUUUGUGUCUCUUUUUACAUGUUUAUAGUGAAAACAUGGAGAACCAAGUGUCCUUGGUUGUUUUUAUAAAGUCAAAUCAACAGGCAGUCCUUCGUCUGCUUUCCUCCAUGAUUCUUGAUAUCGACUCUGUUAUCAUGUGAGGAGCCAUUACAAGUACAGUCAGGUUGUGACUCUUUGUGGGGUCAUAGUUUACAAAAAAAUUGUACAUUUACAAAUGUAUUCAUUGAAACUGAUCUGACUUUAGAGACGCUAGCUUCCAGAGUCAUCAUUUGUAGAAAAGAAAAACAAGGUUGUUACUAAAAGUCUCAACAUUUUUACAUAAAUCAGUGUCCUAACCAUAGACUGUAUAUAAGAAAUGGACGUAACAUCUGUGACGUCACCCAUUGGUUUGUGGACUACUGCUUGGAAGCCAAUAGUAUCGGAUCUGAGCAGCACCAUCUUGAAAAUUUCCGGUGCUUGCUGGGAAAAAUAAAAACACGGAUUCUACUUAUAUGGGCAUCAGGAGGAGCAAGAGGCGCCCUCCUGAACCUGUCAAUCACCACGUAGCCACGCCCUAAUGCAUACCCUGCUUUAUCGUCAAAUAUAAAAUCAGGGAGGCCAAAAUUUCACAAAUGAACAUCAUACUGCAUUGAAGAAGGCUUUACACUAGCGAUUGAGACUUGGAUAGAGACGGAUUUUGACACCAAAACGGUCGCCCCCUGGUGGCCUUUUGAUAGAAUGCAGUUUUAAGUUACUUCUGUGUUGGCAUCAUUUCAGAGGACUGGAACUCCCCGCCUGGUCCUAACGCACAUCUGUCAAAUUGUAACAUGGCAGUUGAACUGUGUGCUGAAGCAUUAUGACAGAUUGCCCUCAGGUUAAAGAAAAUGUAAAUUUUUUGGCUCAAAACUAUUAAAUUGCUAGCUAAGACUAACGAUUUCAUAUUUUUUCAGUGGAGUCUCCCACUACCUUUUUCUUCAUUAAACUCAGUAAUCAUACAAUAAUCUUGAAGUUGAAUUGAAAUUUCACUUUUUGAGUAAGGAAAUAUAAAUGAUGAUUCUGCAGCUACUGUGCAGAUCUUAUAUUAUUUUUAAAAAGUUAUUUUUCAAACAGCCAAUGUAACGCUGGUUAUGUACUGUUAGCGAUAUCCGACGUCUGUGCCUUUAAACAUACACAAUUAGCGAGAGCCUGUCAUGCUGUUACAUGAUUCCACAGCCUAGCUUGCUAACGUUAGUGCUGAUUCCCGCUUUGCUUUUUAGCAACUGAGUCAGUGGCUGCACCUCACUCAUCACACAUGGUACAGAGAGAAACUAACCUUAUCAGUCUUUUGUCAACUUUGUCUCCUGUAGAAAUUACGUUUAUAUAUGGCAAUUGUAAUAAUAGAAUAAAUCCCUCGAGAGACACUGACUUCUUUUCCCCAGACACGAAGCAUGAAAACAACAAAAAUACAUACAUACACAUAAUUGAAACAAUCAAACAGCACAAACAAAAAAAGUCCUGAAGUCAAAGUCUUGAAAUGUUUUUAAAUCAAAAAUAUGUAAAAACAUGACCCCAAUGUAAAGAAAACUUCUUCAUCCCCAAGUUUGUUUCUUUCGUUUAAUACAUUAUUUUAUUUUCGAUUACAAUGUUCCUGUAACACUCCUGUAUAAUACUGUACAUGUGCCUUAAUCAUCCUGCCUUCAGGUUUACACAUUUUAGACCCACAGUAAUAUCUGCAGUGACUUUAAAAUAAGUGUUAAUUAAAAGGUACACACGUGCCUAUUAUAAGCGUCUGAUGCUACAUGGAACACGCUCGCUGUAGACAGUAACAGUGAAAGCAGUGCAAUGAUUUUCCUGGUGUUGUAUCUCAUUACAAUUCUGGGUAAUCAGGUGUAAAUGUAGAAAGUGAAGGGCUUUUUGAGGCGAGGCAGGUGGGAAAUAUUCUCAGCAGAUAAACUGUUUACACACUGCAGUAGCUCUCAUACCCAUAAAUACGUUUAUUAUUAUUAAUAUUAAGUUCUUCAGUAGACGUUUCUUUAAGGGAUUUUUUUCAAAAACGUAAAUUUGUAUAUAGUGUUAAUUAACCGCGAUCAGAUACUGUUAAUAAUCCUUGUAUUAUUGACUGUCUUUGUGAUGAAUUGUGCUGAUGAACAGUAGUUUUUCAUCGCUUGGCACUACAGGGCUUUAAAACUAAUUCCUUCUCAGCAUGGAGCGGAAAUGAAAACCGGAGCAAUAACGAUUGACAGUGAUCAAUUAUUUUGAUAUAUGUGUUUUCAUUUUGUGUGCGUUUUUUGUUUACUGCUUACUCCAGAACCAGUUUGGUUUGUUAGUAUUGUUUUUUUUCUGUCUAAGGACUUUAUGUACUAUAUGUAAAUGCAGUAUAUUGUAUAAAGCACAUGAACUGACUGUCAGGAUUUUGGGUUGUUUUUAAGGAAGCAUUUGUUUAUAUAAUUUUAUUUGUUACAGUGUCUUUACUGGAGAAUGUGAACUUCUGUAUUUCAGUUGGUCUUAAUUUGUAAGAUGAACUUGAAAAUUUAAUAAAAGCAAAAAGCUGAAGUUGAAA